ACAACACCAAUACUACAACGACAACGACAGCGAUAACAAAAGACACUUGCCCCUUCCAAUACUCUCUCUCUCUCUCUCUCUUUUUUUUUCUUCCGUCACUGACAACAAGACUUCGGUACUCGGGUCGUGCUUCGAGAACAACUGAAUCACUCCGACAACAAGACAGGAUGCGUGCUACGCUUGCUACCUUGACGGCGCUGCCGCUCCUCACCGCGAGCCUGCACCUAGGCGCAGUGCACCCGCAUGUCCAUGGCGAACUGCACCGGCGCGUCAUCGCGACCGAAGUCGUUGUCGUGACCAAGACCGUCUACACGACCGUGACGCAGGACUCUCCAUCCAGCACUGCAGCCUCCACGAGCGUCAACAUCUCCGAGAGCAGUGCGUCCGUCACCAUGGCGCUUCCGACGUCGUCUUCAGCAGCUACCCUAAAGCCGCCCGGUGACACCUCUUACACUGCACUUCCGCUGUCGCCCAACCACGCGCUCAUCGUCAACUCGUGCGACUACGACGUCUUCGUAUCGUCCAUCGGCGAUGAGAGCUGCGGCCCCAGCACGCUUGCCCAGCGCAUCCCCGCAAACACCACGUACACGGAGCGCAUCCGCAUCUGCUACAAGUCGGGCGUGUCGCUCAAGGUGGCGCGCACCGCUGCGCUCGAACACCCCAUGCAGUUCGAGUACACCGUCUGGGACGACAAGAAGACCGUAUCGUACGACAUUUCUUAUCUCGAUUGCAUGGUGCAGGAGGAUGGCGGCGCAAAGACUUUCGACAAGUGCGUUGGCCACGAGAAGGGGAUCCAGGCCGUUGCGGGUAGUGACUGUCCUGUGUUCCAGUGUGAAGCCGGCGUCGAGUGCGCGCAGCAGGCUUACACGAUCCCGGAGUUUGGCUAUUUGCCUGGUGCGCCUGUCGGUGCUUGUAACGUCGAGCAGGGCAUUGCGUUUGAGCUUUGCGCUGAGAAUCGCACUUGA